AUGUGGCAUGCGCCCCAACGCCCCCCUCCCCCUCCCCCACCCACUUCGGACGAGGCGAUUCCGGUGGACCUUGCACUCCUCGCCAUGGGUUUCCUGGGCCCGGAGCAGGUCCUGUCUGUAGGUGUGUGCUACGCCGGGUCCGAGGAGGAGGUGGUUCCCGUCGACCUCGCGCUGCUCGCCAUGGGUUUCCUGGACCCGGAGCAGGUCAUGUCUGUAGUUGGGUGCUACGCCGGGUCCGAGGAGGUGGUUCCCGUCCACCUCGCUCUGCUCGCCAUGGGCUUCCUGGGCCCGGAGCAGAACGUGGCGGAGAAGCUGGGGCUCAAGACGGACGCGAGGAGCAACUUACCUGACCCCAGACCCUGGCUGGGCUCCCUUCCCUGCUCAUCCCCUGAACCCAACUCUGCCUCCUUCCCCUCCCAUCCCCACCUCCCCUGGCUGCAGAACGUGGCGGAGAAGCUGGGGCUCAAGACAGACGCGAGGAGCAACUUCCAGGUGGACUACGGGCAGUUCGCCACCAACCUGGAGGGCGUCUUUGCUGCCGGCGACUGCCGCCGUGGACAGUCUCUGGUGGUGUGGGCUAUUGCGGAGGGCCGUGGCGCAGCGGCCAACAUUGAUGCAUAUGUGAUGCGCAACGAGGAGGCGUGUCUGAUGGUGGAGGGAGGGGACGACGCGGAGCACAUCGAGGCGUGUGUGGAGAAGAGUGUUGAGGCUGCUGCCUUGGGGGAUGGCACCCCUGUGUCGGAGCAGAGCUUUUAG